AUGACAGCUCCUCAAUGAAGCGCGACGGUCGUUGGGAUUCCCAGAAAAAACUCAUCGAUCAAAUCAUUGAUAUCACCACAAAGAUCCUCCCCGAAGGCCAAGGUGUUGCACUGCGCUUCAUCAAUCAAGACGUGGACAAUAACUCAAACCUGACCCUCGCGGAGAUCAGGAACAUCCUCGAGCCAAUGUCAUAUAAGGAAGGUGGCAACACUGAGAUUGGCACGUACCUGAAAUCUAAGAUCCUCGAGCCACUGGUCUAUAGUAAGCUUGAAUCGAAGAGCCUCGAAAGGCCGCUUCUUAUCUCUGUCAUCACCAACGGCAUGCCUGAAGAGGAAAAGUCCUCCGAGUUUGUGGAUGCGAUUUUGGAGUGUGGUAAUAAGCUGGAAGACACCAGGUGUGAAGUUCAUAGUUGGCCAGAUCGGGACGGAAAAGGCCGCAGCAAAGUUUCUGGAAAGCAUAAGAAACAACACGAAGAUUGCCGAAUUGAUCAGCUGGAUGCAAAUUGGUUAAGACUUUAUACUGGACAAUCAAGAAUUCUGAAGACGAAAAAGACCACGAAAGCGAUGGCGACGACAAGGAUGACUGAGCAGCAAAACAACGCCUUCAUGGGUGUGCAGGGUAAGGAGCGCAAGGGCUGCUCGCCACUCGCGUGA